AUGAACGAAAUUCUACUUGCCCGUGCUGUAGCUGGUCUGGGUGGGGGCGGCCUUGGCACAGUCCCCAGUGUCAUUUUCAGCCAUAUUAUUCCCAUCAAGUCGCGUGGCCUGUACCAAGGUAUCGGCAAUAUUUUCUCUUGUCUUGGUAUGGCGACUGGUGCACCUCUUGGUGGCCUACUUAAUGAUACCAUUGGAUGGCGUGGUGCCUUUUUGAUUCAAAUCCCUGUACUUCUUCUUGCUCUCAUGGCUCUUUACAUCUUUCUUGAGCACGACGAGUCCCUUCAUUUCACGGAUGACCAGUCUUUAUCGCAACGACUUCGAGAUUUAGACUUGCUUGGUUGGUUUAUUUAUACUUUGACUCCCAUUUUGUCGUUGUAUACACUCGAUCUCGUCAGCGGACAAGGGUAUGCUCUUACGGAUCUACGUGUCUUGCUCGGUAUGGGGAGUGUGUUGUUUGUUGCUCUCCUGUUUUACAUUGUAGAACAUCGCAAGAUCAAAAUGCCCUUGUUAUCACUGGAUGUGAUGCGUCUUCGAUCUGGAUGGUCCACAAUGUUCGCUAUGAUAUGGCUCAAUGUCGGUAUGGUCGCGUACAGUUUCAAUUUUCCUCUCUACUUCCAAACGGUUGGUAAACUGACUCCUUCCGUCAUCGGUCUUCGAAUGGUGCCUUCAAGUAUUGCAAUUGGCUUGGGCAGCUUGUUUGCAGGGUUCUAUAUGCGUCGGACUGGGCGGUAUUACAAAUUAACUUUGGUUUGCCACUUUGCCAUGGUACUUGCCUCUAUUCCCACGGCCACGUAUCUAUUAGAUCCCCCGCCUUUUUCUCCCUUUGUCUAUUACACUAUCCUGACAUUUACACAUGGUGUCUUUUUUACUACGACCCUGAUUGCGCUUAUCCAUGCUGUCAACAAGAAAUACUUUGGCGUGGCUACUGGCAUGAACUAUCUUUUCAGAACCACUGGACAAGUCUUAGGUGUGGCUGCGUCAGGCUGCAUUGUCCAAUAUUUCCUGACCAAAGAACUUCAGAACCGAAUUAUUGGCCCUGGUUCUGAAGAAUUGAUCCAUGAGAUUCGUCAAGAUAUCCGCGUAUUGCCUACACUUCCGGAUGGCAUCCGUGAGCAAGCCAUGGAGUCGUAUGCUACAGCACUGCACUGUGUUUUCGUGUUUGUGACGCUCGUGUAUCUUCUUUCGCUGAUCAACUGCUACUUCAUUGAGGACAAGCAUUUGGACGAAGAUCAUGGGAUCACCGAAGAGUAA